GUCAUUUUUUGCACAUUCCAAGGCUUGAUUUUUGAGAAAGCAUAAUCUUUGGCACCACAAUCCCUCCGGCCUUAUGUCCUCUCCCAUAGUUCUCUUUGGCGACGAGCAUAUCGUUGCUCAGCGCACGACGCUAAAGACGCGACAAAAGACAUGGUCCUUUGUGAAACACACGGGUCGCAGCUUCGAGAUCUCUAUCAAUGGCGAUGGUAACCCUCUAUUCACCGUCGAAACUAAGCAUUGGGGAAAAUUGCGAACGCUCAAGGACACGACCGGGACCACCAUUUGCACUCUUAAUCAUUCCUACCUAUCAAGCGAAGACUGCUGGACCGUUGUCCGUGACAACAAAACUCUGCUAUCCGUUCGAUACACAUGGUCGCCGCCAGGAUGCUCCAUUCUCUUUGAAGGAUUAUCCAACGGUCACGCCGAACCUCCGCAACUCAAGAUCCACCGAACGAGUAAAUGGCUGGGCAGUUUCAGCGUCCAGCUCGACAGCGGCGAAGAGAUGGCAAAGUCCCGCUGUACCAACAUGAGCCCGUCUUUCACGAGCAUGCUGAAGGUGUCACCGCCGACCUGGGAAAUGGAAAUUCCCGAGAACUCGGACCUUGUGCUGGCGGCACUCAUUUCUGUCAUUCUAUCAGAUCUCUAUUCUGAAUUGCACUUGCUUAUGAUCUAGGACCUGGGAAUGCUGACGUCGAUGCUUCAGGCAAGGUGGCGGUGAUACGCGAGCGUCGACCUUUGUGUCGUAUUCAAGAGGUUUGAUGGUUAGAAUGACGACAGCAUGAGACCAAUCUUGAACGGAACGCGUGGUCCACAAUUCUCUCGAGAGCCGUUUUGGAAGGUCGUGUAGAUAGUCCGUGUCUACGGGAAUCGAUUUAGCAUCUUUGCGGGUCCGACGUCCAAUCUAACGUUACAUGCA